AUGUCGGCUGCAACUCCCGAUGAGAUCCAGGAGCGAGUGCAAGGGAGCCUUAAAGAUGGCCCGUAUGCAUGCUCAUCUCUGACCAAGCUUUCAGGAGGAACCGCCAACUUUGUGUACCGAGGCGUACUCGUGAACGCACUUCAGGAUGGCUCCAAAACCGUUAUUAUAAAGCACACCGAGGGAUAUGUUGCUUCAACGCCCGCGUUCAAAAUUACUUCUACCCGCUGCGAAUUCGAGCAGAGCAUCCUCACAGCUUUACAAGAACUUCCACCGGUCACCCAUUCUCUCAUCACGGUACAGACGCCCAAAAUGUAUUAUUUCUCCCAAGAAACCAACACACAGCUAUACUCCGACCUCCCUUCUUCUGCGGACCUGAAGACAUAUGCCCUCACAAACCCACUCGCUCAGGCCCAGUGUUCUCGUCUUGGGCAUAGUCUCGGCCUCUGGACCAAGACCUUCCACAUCUGGGCUGCUGCUCCAGAGCAGGCUGAACUGAGGGAGACGAUGAAAGGCAACACAGUGAUGAGAGGGCUCAAAUACCAAAUUAAUUAUAGCAAUUUAGUCGCAACUAUUGAUAACUUUCCUGCCAUAUUAGAAGGAAGCCGGGACGUAUUCCAGGCUGUGGCAAAGGAUGUCCAAAAUAUGAUGGAUAACGAAGAUGGAGCAUUAAUCCAUGGUGAUUUCUGGAGUGGCAAUGUCCUUCUUCCCAACAUAUCGUACCCCUCCACUUCAACCCCCUUGAAUGUUUUGGUGGUCGACUGGGAGCUCUCACACCUCAGCACCGUCGCCUUUGACCUCGGCCAAAUGUUUGCGGAACUCUUCGAGCUUAAGCACUUCAAAGGUAUAGACGCCGGCAUUUGGCUCAUCGAGUCAUUCAUGCAAGGCUACGGGCCGGUGGAGGAGGACCUAGCAUUCAAUACGGCUAUUCAUGUCGGAACGCAUUUGAUAUGCUGGGGUUCCACGGUUCAGGGUUGGGGUACGAAGGAGCAGAUUGAGGGCGUUGUAGAGAUUGGGAGGGGCUUUGUAGUUAAGGGGUGGGAGAAGGACGCGAGCUUCUUCAAGGGAACUGCCCUGGGGUCUCGCAUUCCACGACUGUACGGCUCGCGCCUUAAUGGCGGACAACGAUCAUCUGCCGCUGCUCUUAAAGCACAAAACAAGUCGCCAUCCGCUUCAUACACCUCCCCACCCUCCGACCAGAUCGCUGACGAAUGUGCUAUCUGCCUCAACCCCCUCACCACACCCACUGUUCUGUACAAUUGCCUCCAUAGAUUCGACUAUGCCUGCAUCCGCCCUCGGUUCCUUUCCACCCACACAGCUGCAUCAAUCGAUGGCCCCCUUACACUGGCGUGUCCCACGUGCCGCGGCGAAAUCUCUUAUGUCCAUCGGCUGGACACAUCACAGGUCUUGUCAAUCAGGGGCAUCCUUGAAGAAAGAAGCGACCCACCAACUCAGCCGUCUACUCUGCAACCCCCCGGAAUGAGUGGUUUGACUAGUCGUAGUCAAAACACUCCCCAUCAUGCUAGUGGUGAACCUAGAGGAGAGGGUUGGGACACGGAGACUAUUCCUAAUGGAUUGAGAAGUCGGCUUAACACCAUCUCAGGUGCUCAUUAUGAGCCAGGUCCAUUUCAACACCAUGAUAGGGUGGGACUAGACACUCAUUGGAGCGGACAGACCCCGAGAAGUCAUACUCUUCACCCUGGAGGAAGAGAGAUUUGGGGCCGUGUUAUUUACAGCCUUGCCCGCCGAUUCGUGGAACCUCACCACAUAUUCCCUGGUGCAUAUGUCGGACUUCCGGGUGAUGGGUUUGGGCUAAGUAUUUAUGAGAGAUCUCUUUUACUAGAUGAAGCUUUUGAGCAGCGGCCGGAUAUGGAGGAGUUGAUAACGCUGUGUGCAAUUUUUACCGAUGAUAUUGAGAAGUUGAAGGAGAGUGCUGGGCGGGAGUGGGCGGAUGACUCGAAUUUGAUCCCCAGUUUAGUAUGGAUGGAUCCGCUAUGGGCAAAUGGAUAA